CUCUUUUCUCGUGUAAUAUUAUACAUUGAUGACGCCUGCUUCAGUCAUUUUCCUGUUCCUUGCCACAUUACUGGUUCACAGUGAUGCUGUAAAGUUAAAAUUAAAUAAAGAAGUUAGAGAAGUAUUUCAACUGCAUAAAUAUUAUCGUAAUUCAAUUCGCUUUUGUCAAGUUCCAAGACAACCACCAGCUAAAUCAUUGGCAAAAUUGGUUUGGAAUAAAGAAUUAGCUACGAAAGCUCAAAUUACAGCUAACCGAUGUAAUUAUACCGCUGAUAAUCCAUCGGAUAUGAAGUUCGACGAUUUCAUUUCAGUAGCUCAAAAUAUUGCUGAUAGUCCCACAAUUCAAAAAGCAGUAGCCAGUUGGUUUAGUGAAUAUAGAAAUUAUACGUAUAAAACAGACACGUGUAAAGGCACAUGUAUGCAGUACAAGCAAAUGGUGAGAGGAGAAGAAACUGAAAUUGGAUGUGGUGUUCAAAAAUGUACAAAGAAUUACGUAGUUGUUUGCAAUUAUUCUCCAGCAGUUGAUGAAAAUCGUCAACCUUAUGAAAAAGGCAAUAAGGAACAUUGUGACGAUGUGGAUGAUGCAGAGUAUUAAAACAACAAACAGUUUAAGCUUUAUUCUACAAGUGAAAUGGAC